AUGUCCACGUCCAUCUAUAUCCGUCAAGAUGGAGUUGCUGUCCUCACUCUUCGUAACCCUCCUGUGAACGCUCUCAGCCAGGCUCACUGCAAGAGCCUAGUUCAGAACAUGAAGCUCCUACAGGCCAACCGCACUGUCAAGGGCAUUGUCAUCACUGGCGAGGGAAAGUUCUUCUCUGGUGGUGCUGAAAUAAUGGAGUUUGAGUACCACAUCCGGAAGGGCGUCAAGAUGAACAUGGCCGAGGGCAUCCACUUGGUCAUGAACACCAUUGACCAGACCGACAAGCCCGUGGUGGCCGCUAUCAACGGCAUGGCUCUUGGUGGUGGUUUCGAAGUGGCUCUGGCCAGUCAUUAUCGUGUGGCCGUCCCUACAGUCAAGGUCGGUCUGCCUGAGGUCAACCUUGGUCUUCUACCAGGCGGCCAAGGCACGCAGAGGCUACCAAGGCUGGCCGGUGUCCAGGUGGCCCUACAGACCAUGCUCGGUGGCCAGCCCAUACCAGCGGCUCUUGCUAAACGCCAGAAGAUGAUAGACGAGAUUGUUCCCGCUGACAAGCUCAUCGAUGCGGCCGCCGCUAUUGCCUUGACCAAGCCCGUGAGAAGGACCAGUGAGAUGACCUGCUCUACUGCGGACAGGGUCAUGGUUGUUGGUGGGGCCGUCGAGAUGGGCAUCAAUCAGAUUGAUCGGUUCCGCAAGCAUCAGAUUGCCCCUGAGGCCAUUGGUCGCUGUGUCAAGGCGGCUGUUGAAAGCGGUGCCGACUUCCAGAAGGGUUGCCGAGUUGAGCAAGAGGAGUUCGACAAGCUCCUCUACUCUAAGGAGUCCGGGGCUUUAAGGCAUCUGUUUUUCGCUGAGAGAAUCGCCAAUAAGGUGUCUGGUCUAAGGGCCAAGCCGUUGCCCAUUAAAAAGGUCGGUGUGGUUGGUGCUGGGCUGAUGGGAGGUGGAAUUGCUAUGUGCUUUGUUGCCAAGGGCAUGCCAGUGGUGCUGUUGGAUGCCAAGGAGGAGUUCCUAUCGAGAGGUAUGGGGUUGAUCAAGAAGAACUACGAGACCAGUGUGGCGAGGAAGAGCCUCAAGCUGGAGGAGGCAGCCAAGCGUCUAAAGCUCAUCAAGCCGUCCCUGGACUAUGCUGAUUUCGGUGACUGCGAUAUUGUCAUUGAGGCAGUCUUUGAAAAUCUAAAGCUGAAGCAGGAUAUUUUCAAACAGCUCGAUAAGGUUACCAAGCCGGAUGCUCUGCUGUGCUCUAACACGUCUAGUCUGGACAUUGACGCUAUAGCGUCGAUGGUCCCCAAGAGGGCUGCUAAUGUCGUUGGAACACACUUUUUCUCACCAGCUAAUGUGAUGAAGUUGCUCGAGAAUGUCCGCACUAAAGGAGCAUCGGAUACGACUAUAGCGACAGUGAUGGCCAUGGGAAAGCUGAUCAAUAAGGUGGCCGUUCUAGUGGGUAACUGUGAUGGGUUUGUUGGCAACCGCAUGCUUGGACCGUAUGGUGCUGAAGUCAGGCAAAUGGUUGAGGAAGGUGGCGACUUGGCGGAGUUUGAUGCUGUUGCCGUUGACUUCGGUAUGGCCAUGGGUCCUCUCUCUAUGUCGGACCUCGUUGGCCAAGAUCUGUUCUGGAGGGCUAGGAAAAUGGCUGGUGAUAUGAAGAUGGAGACGGCAGUGGCUAUUGGCCCCCAUGACCUUACUGACUGGCUGUGUGAGAAGGGUCGGUUUGGACAGAAAGCAGGGAAGGGUGUUUACGUCUAUGGCAAGGGAAGAGGGGACAAGAAGAUUGACCAGGAGAUUUUGGAAGGCGUUAAAGAAAUUCAAAAGAGAAAGGGAGUCACGCCUAGGGUGAUUGACGAGAAGGAGAUGUUAGAGAGGAUGCUCUUCCCUUUGGUUAACGAGGGCUUCAAGAUUCUCGAGGAGGGUAUGGCUCAGCGACCGAGCGAUAUCGAUAUAGUGUGGAUAUACGGCUAUGGCUUCCCUCCAGUGAAGGGUGGUCCGAUGCACUGGGCUGAUAAUUAUAUCGGUCUUGGGUAUCUCCUCGAGCGUUUGCGUUAUUAUGACAAUCAAGCGGCGGAGCGAAGCACGAAGAACAAGAAUUAUAGGAAGCCUAAGUACUUCGUCCCAAGCCGCCUCCUCGAGGAGUGCGUUAAGGCUAAUAUGAAGCUCGGUGACUACUGGUUGAAGAAGGAGAAGGAGGCUAGACAACAGGCCUCCAAAUUAUGAGGAACUUCAGUGAGAGAUGGUAUUGUUAAUAAACCGAUGACGGGAAAGAUUUGUUCGUAGUUGAAUUUUUAUCACACCAGUGAGGAUCUGUUUCGAGUAUCAAAUGCUUUUUCAUGUU